AUGACUGGUGUUGGUAUUAACGGAUUUGGUCGUAUUGGUCGUAUUGUCCUUCGUUGUGCUAUUGAUGAUGGCAACUUAAAUAUUGUAGCAGUUAAUGAUCCUUUUAUUCCUUUGGACUAUAUGGUUUAUAUGCUCAAAUAUGACUCCACUCAUGGUCAAUUCAAGGGUACUGUUGAAGCCAAGAACGGUAAACUUAUUGUGAAUGGUAAACCUAUUACUGUUUAUAAUGAAAAGGAUCCUGCACAAAUCCCUUGGGCUAAGGAUGGUGCUACUCAUAUUGUUGAAUCUACUGGUGUUUUUACUACUAUUGACAAGGCCAAGGCUCAUCUUGUUGGUGGUGCUAAAAAAGUGAUUAUCUCUGCUCCUUCUGCUGAUGCUCCUAUGUUUGUCUGUGGUGUGAACCUCGAAGCUUACAAACCUGAAUAUGAUAUCAUCUCUAAUGCCUCUUGUACUACCAAUUGUUUGGCUCCUCUUGCAAAGGUAUUAGAUGAUAACUUUGGUAUUGUGGAAGGUUUGAUGACCACUGUGCAUGCUACUACUGCUACUCAAAAGACAGUGGAUGGUCCAUCUCACAAGGAUUGGCGUGCUGGACGAGGUGCUGGAGCCAAUAUCAUUCCUGCUACUACGGGUGCUGCUAAGGCUGUCGGUAAAGUGAUCCCCCAUUUGAAUGGCAAGUUGACUGGUAUGUCUUUCCGUGUUCCCAAUCCUGAUGUUUCCGUAGUGGACUUGACAGCUCGUAUCCAAAAAGCUGCUUCUUAUGAUGACAUCAAGGCAGUAAUGAAGAAGGCUUCUGAAGGUCCACUCAAGGGUAUUUUGGCCUAUACUGAAGAUGAAGUUGUUUCUACUGAUUUUAUUGGUGAUUCUCAUUCCUCCAUCUUUGAUGCCAAGGCUGGUAUUUCUUUGAAUCCAAACUUUGUCAAGUUAAUCUCAUGGUAUGACAAUGAAUAUGGGUAUUCUUGCCGUGUUGUCGACCUUUUGAAAUAUGUGGCUUCCAAGAAUUAAGUCUACUCUCUUCGCCUGUUAUAAUUGAAACCAAUUCAUGUUUACUUUAGUUGCAUAUUGUACAUUUUUUUUUAUCCUUACAUCUCUCUAUUUGAAAAAAAAAAAGAAAAUUAAUAAACCUUUUUUUUUGUUCUAUGUCUUUUA